UCCAUGCCGCUUUGAUUUUUGUUGACAAUUGAAAAAAGUAAAUAAAGUUGUGAAACCAUGAAAAUAGCUGUGGAAGGAUGUGCCCACGGCGAACUGGAGCGGAUCUACGACACCAUUGAGGUGAUUGAAAAGGAGAGCGGCACCAAAAUAGAUCUGCUGCUAUGCUGCGGCGAUUUCCAAUCCACCCGGAAUAUCGAGGACUUGCAGACGAUGGCGGUGCCCAAGAAGUACUUAGAUAUUUGCACUUUUUACAAAUACUACAGCGGUGAACGAGUAGCGCCAGUUCUCACAAUUUUUAUUGGCGGCAACCACGAGGCUUCUAACUAUUUACAAGAACUUCCGUAUGGAGGAUGGGUUGCACCCAAUAUUUACUACCUCGGUUAUGCCGGGGUAGUCAAUGUCAAUGGCGUUCGCAUUGCAGGUGUCAGCGGCAUCUAUAAGGGUCAUGACUUUCUCAGAGGACAUCAUGAAUAUCCCCCUUAUACAGAAGCAACAUGUAGAAGUGUCUACCAUGUGCGCCAGCUGGAGGUAUUCCGACUCAAACAGCUAUCGGGAAAAAUAGACAUCAUUAUGUCCCAUGAUUGGCCGACGGGAAUCUACGAAUAUGGAAACAAAGCUGAGUUACUACGGAGGAAACCUUUCUUUGCUGACGAUAUGGAAAGCGGAAAGCUGGGUAGUCGGCCCCUGGAGGAACUUCUGAAGGCGUUGCAGCCAGCAUAUUGGUUCGCUGCCCACCUUCACUGUAAGUUCGCUGCUUUGGUUCCGCACAAUUCAAGCCAAAAGCGACCAGUCGAUGACAACCAAUCGAGUAGCAGUAGUAGCGAGGAUGAAGACGACGAGAAUGAAGUUAAAAGUAAACCUCCUCCCACAUCAACUCCUCCUGUUUCUGUCACUAAGUUUCUGGCUCUGGACAAAUGCCUCCCUAGAAGAGGAUUCCUCCAAAUAGUAGACAUUCCUAGUGAUCCGAUAGAGGGGAAGCCUCACCUGGAAUACGACGCCGAGUGGUUGGCCAUCUUGCACAGCACUAACCACUUGAUUUCUGUCAAAGAAAACUAUUACUAUUUGCCCGGAAAAAAGGCAGGUGAAGUCACAGAGCGCUAUAAUUUCACACCCACAGAGGACGAAUUGGAAGCAGUGACUGCAAAGUUUCAGACUCUCAAGGUUCCAGAAAAUUUUGAAUGCACAGUGCCAGCUUAUGAUCCCGAAAGUCAGUCCAACUAUAAGCACAUGACAUUGGGCCAACCUCAGCCGCAACUUAAUCCCCAGAGCAAUUCAUUUUGUGCUGCUCUCGGGAUAGAUGAUCCACUCUGCUUGGCUUUGUUGGCCAAUGGAAAGGACUUACCAGUGGCGAGGUCUUUGGAAGAACCAAAGGCCUCGGAAACAGCGUCGGAGAGUGGUGAAGACGAAGAGGCUGAGACGGAGAAAACCAGUGAACUUUUGGUAACUCCAACGAAAAGAAAACUCAACUUGGCCUUGCCAGCACCUGUCCAGGUGUCAGAGGAAGUGGACAUACCAGAGGAAAUGGAGGAAGAGACAAAAGAGCCAGAAGAUGCCCCCAAGACAGAAGAGCCCCUCAAGACAGAAGAGAAGGUCCCUAGUCCCAAUGUAAAGAAACUUAAACGACGCAACCAGAACAUAUAUAACGCUGAAGAAGAUUAACGAACAACAAAUUCCGUGAUAGCGGAACAAAUUAAAAAAAAGAGGCAAUUUUAUUUAAAUAACACAGCUGGGCGAAUAAAUAGGAGGGUAAG